UUUCACAUCGUAGCAGCAAUCGGCCGCGCGGGAGGGGUCGAUUUCAUGCGGCUGCCUGAUCGCACCAUGCGUUGGGCGCCAGUAGCCGUACGCCACGAGGCGGGCAUAGCUGCUUGGCAGCCGAGCUGGGUUUGCAUGGGUUGUGCCCAAGCCGAACAGCUCGGUGACCUGUCCAUCCCGGCUGAGGCAGGCAGUCCAUGUGACCGCUGCGGGAGCACCCUCCUUUGGGAAUAUGACCGCGUCACUGGCGUGGAGGCCUUCGGCUGCCCUCAACGGUGCGCCCGGCCUGCUCGCGCGCCCGCACCCGUCCGAGUUGCGCCCCCUCCACAGCCACCAGCUCAGACCCUAGGCUCCGGGAAUUACUGCCAAGCCCGCGUGGCGGACCCGCAGCGCGUCAACCUGAGCUGCCAGCACCUGCCGGAUCACAUGGGGUGCCUGAACCGCUCAUCUUGCGCCCCGAGUGCCCGCCGCGACCCAACGCACAUCGUCCGGAGGCACAUGUGCAUUUGUCCCGGAGUACAUGGUACGACCGGGGGCCUCCCGAACAUGGCGUGCAGUCACCAUCAGUCACCCACCAAUUCGUGGCUGUAUGUGCCGCUCCUCCAUGGCGCGAUUGGAAUGCUUUCCGAUCGGGCACUCGCCCUGUGGCGGGCGGAGGAGCGCCCUUCGCCACAAUGGGAAGAGGCUCGCCGGGCGCUGGCGGUCUCGGCCCCAGUUCCAAUUGCCGCACUCACGGAGGCAUUGAUCGCAGCGGCCAGCCACCGCAACGAGGACUUGCCCCAAGCCGCUCUCGAAGAGGCGGCAAUUCUCCCGUCCAGCACUUUGGUGCACAUCGGAUGGGGGAUGCGCCACAUUGCUCACCCCGAUGGUUACAUCAGCGCAGCGGGCCAAGAAGUGUGUCUAAUGUUGUAUGGCGGCUCGGCGUUAGCAAGCGCGCUUGACCGCCUGUCGGACGCGUUCCGCACAGCACUGGCACCGCCAGCCCCGGCAGCGCCCGCCUGCCGUCGUUUGACGCUUGUGUACGGGGAUCUCUCAGCAGCGGAUGCGCCGGUGGCCGAACACCCUUCACCGGGGAGGGCGGAUAGCGAAGCCGAGACCGUCGGAGCCGCUGAUGGGAAUGGCACCAUCGACCUUGCGGACGCAUUCCGCGAACGGUUGCCGACCAUCCGCACGGUGCCCCGAUUCCUCACAGCGGGGGUGCGCAGGUGCCUGACCCGUUGCCUCAACGAUCUGCAAAUCGCUUAUCGGCGACGUGAUGGGGCUGCCCGAGAAGCAGCGUGGAAGCUGUUUUUGCUGGCUCCGCGUUUGCUAUUGGCGCGCUGCCGUGACACCGGGCCAGUCGGGCGAGCCGCUCUCCUGCGCCGCGUUGAGCUCUUUGAGUCGGGCUUGUGGGAACAGCUGCUGGAAGAGGCCCGAGCGGGUGCGCCUACGGGCCAACGCAACCCUCCCCGCACCAAUUCAGCUGUGCUCGAGGAAGCUUGCGAAAGGGUGCGGCAAGGACAGCUGUCCCGAGCGCGCCAAGCCCUCACAGCAGCUGCGCUGGCCCCUGGCACUGAUGAGACUCUCCAGGCAUUAUCGGAUCCCACCCGUCGGCCGCCAUCGCGGCACCGUGAGAUACCUGCAGAGGUAUUGAGCCAUGAGCCGGCAGAGGCCGUCACCUUGUCGGUCCAACAAGUCGCGGAGUCACUCCGUAGCGCCAGGCGAGGGUCCGCACCAGGCCUGUCGGGGGCAACGGUAGACCAUUACAAGUUGCUCUUGGACGACCCUGCAGCGCUCGAGCUCCUGGCUUUUGCAGUCAACUGCCUUGCGCGGGCUGACGUGCCGCCUGUCAUUGUCCAAGCCCUCUCCCUGUCAAGGCUACCGGCCUUGCGCAAGCCAGGAGGCGGCGUGCGGGGCAUAGCCACAGGUGAUGUCUUCCGCCGGUUGGCCCGCGAUAUUGCAUUCCUGCCUGCCUCCCUCGGGGGCCUGGGCCUCAUGCAUGCCGAGAGGCGGGAGCGCUGUCUACAGGAGCUCCAGGCCGGUAGCCAGGCCGCGGCGCCAAGCCUCCAGGCCGCCGCGGCUGCAGGCGAUCCAGGUUGUCCGGGAGUGCGAUCCGGCCAGAAGGCAGAGUUGUCCUCCAGUUCGCAGCUGACACGGCGCCGAGCAGGCUGCCGCUGCGAUGAGGCCUCGCGGACAGCCAAGGCGUUGGUGGGGUAUGCUGGCAGUCGCGGUCCACUGGUGGUCGCAAGCACUGCGCUUGGCUGCGCGUGGCAAACGCCACCGCACCCGAACAGGCUGACAGAGCCGCCGCUUGAGAGCGUGCUCGACCUCGCAUCCCCUGCGGCCGGCGGCUCCUCCUCGGUGUGUUUCCCGGUCGACGCGCUGGGCCGCCUCCGCCCGACCAAACAAGCGCCGAAUAUGAUGUGGAUGUCCGCCCGCAUGUUUCUCUCCUCAACGGGGCGCGCCUGGUUGAUGCACUGCGCAUGCGUGCGGCGGGGGAAGCCAUACCUUACAGCGGGCACCCGCGCCAGCUCAGCACCCGGCACUUCCGUUGCCCCGGCUUCGUCGCUCCCAACUGCGCCUGCGCCAGCCGCCGACUGCGUCCUCAUUGGGCCACCUGACAUACCGCUGCGGCCUGCCAGGUACUCGUGCGUGUACGUGCCAUUGUUGCUGGAUGCUGCCGACAUCUUGGCCCCGCAGGCGCGCAAUGCCUGGCACACCCAUCCAGCAUUUGCACCGUGGUGUUCUGGCACUGUCCGGGCCCUCUUAGCGCGACCCUUACUUUCAGUGCACCAUGUUGCCGAUGUGGCACGGGCCGUUGCAAUCGCCAGUCCAGAACACGCUGCCAGCCUUGCCGGCUUGUUCACUGCCCGCCCCAUGCCGUUUCUGGCAGCACUCAUCAGGCAGGUUAGCCGCGGUGGAAAGAGCUUUUACAUCACGGGACCUGGUGUGCGAGGGCAUUCGGACCACUUCAUUGCAAAGGUCUUCCGCUGCCUCCUCCGGAUCAAGCAGGGACACGUGGAGGUGGCCAAGAAUUUGCGCCGGGUUGAGACCACGCCCCUCAAGCAAGCUCGCAUUGAUGCACAGGCAGCUCGGCUCCUGUUUGCAGCGGGGGAAUCGCCAGCGCAGAUUGACAGCAGACAGGACAUCAUUGACCCACAGGCAUCUCACAUAGUGUUCACUGCGGAUGAGUCCCCUCCAAUUGACAAAAGACAGGACUGGAUUGACCCGCAGGCCGCCCGUCUACUGUUUACAGCAGGGGAGUCGCCAGAGCAGAAUGACAAACGACAGGCUGUUCCAGUCAAUGAGCAGAACCAGGCAGCAGUUCUUGCAGCUGUGCAGCGUGAUUUCGAGAAUCGGCUGCAAGCCAAUACUGGAGACAUGGUUGGCUUAUGGUGUGAGUAUGUGCAGUGGGUGGAGCAGCACUUCCCCAAGACAGAUCAAGAAGCCAACAUUUUAGCUCGUGCCUGCUACUCCCUCACGGGCGACCCGGCGCUGAAGGAUGACAUUCGAUACUUGCGCCUUUGGGUCCGGCAUGCCGCACUUCUUCCAGACCCAGACAAGGUUUUCACGUUUCUUCGGCAGGAAGGCAUUGGAACUUGCCAUGCCUUAUUCUACGAAGCAGUGGCGGCCAGCCUAGAGCGGCAGCAUGAAUUCCAGAAAGUGGAAGCCGUGUACAAAGAGGGAAUUGAGCGUGCUGCCGAGCCCCAGCAACGACUUCAAAGCCGAUUUAGUGAGUUCCAGCGGCGGAUGGCAAAGCGUGCAGCUAGAGAAGGCCGACAAAAGCAGCACGUGCCAUUAGUGCAGGAUUUGAGUCCGCGCUCACCGAUGCCCCGAUCAACUGAAGAACAGAGAUUCCUGCAGAGCACGUACAAACAGACACCAGAUGUGCUCACCAAGAGAAGUCAGAAGGAAGGUCCGCGAGAUUCUUUGGAGACGGCUGAUGCCCCUCGCACACCGGGCCACAUUGAAGAAACCCCCGGCCAAUCAGUUCCAAGAUGGAGCUCAUCCACCCUGCUGCUGGAGGAGGAAGAAGAGCUGCCAGUGCAUGAUCAAGCUUUCAUCUCGAUUCUGCCUCAGCAAGAGGACUCAGAUGAUGUGUCUGUAGAGGAGAUGCAGGCCGCAAGGAUCUUGGCGCGACAGGAUCCUGGCCUGGCUGGACGUGCAUCAGACAUCCUGGCAGGGGCUCCCUCAAGCAUGACUCAAGAGUCUACUGGCGGCUUCAGAGCCUUGUUUUCUGAUUCACGCUUUUCGCGGCGCUCAUCAGCUGGAUCCGUGUUUGACCCCUUCGAUGAUCCUACCUACACGGCUGAGUUGGCACAGAAAGAGGUGCUUGCCCUGCUUGCGUGUGAUCCCUAUCAUGAGCCUGUGCGGAGAAAUUCGGUGCACUUGAAGCCACUCGUCCGAGUUGGGCAGCCUAGAGCUAAAGGUGUAGAUGCACCAAAAGCCUGGGGGGAAAGUGGCUUUGAAAUCUUUGAUGAAGGUGGCCUCGGUUAG